AAAAAUAAUAUUAUACGGCAGGAUCACUGAUCUGUACAAGGAGCCCCGCUGCAGAGGAGAGAGCAUCUAGGAGAGAUGUCGCACAACAACGCCAACGAUCCACGUCAGCCGUCGGCGGCGAGGCCGUUCAAGGCACCGGUGGUGUCGCCGCAGGAUCUGCCAGUCGACUACUCCGGCUUCAUCGCCGUCGUCUUCGGUGUCGCAGGCGUCAUGUUCCGGUACAAGCUUUGCUCGUGGCUUGCGAUUAUAUUCUCUGUCCAGUCCCUCGCGAACAUGAGGAACAUGGAGAAUGAUCUCAAGCAGAUCUCCAUGGGUAUGAUGUUUGCUAUCAUGGGAUUGGUAACGACCUACUUCGGCCCGCCCCGACCAGCGUCACGAAAAUGAGAUUCUUAGAGUUGCAGAUGUGGCAUCUACAGCUGCAUGAGGGUUCCAUUUAAAUUUGUUAUCUUGUUUGUAACUUAUUCGGGAACUUGUUCCGUUGAAAAUUUUUUAACGGAUCAUAGAUACGUUUGAUUUCUUAAACAAAAUCGCCAGUUUGGUAGGUCGGAGUUCGAACUAAAGGAAUUUUAGCGGUAUCGUAGCUCUUAUGUUAUUUGAUAUCAUUCCAUUUUCAUUGUCA